AUGCUGGAUGCCCAAGGGGUGUCCUCACUCUACAAGGCACAGGUGCGUCCCGUUAUGGAGUACGUAACCCUCACCUGGUCCUCCUGCCCCCCCUCGUACCUCACCGGCCUAGAAAGGGUUCAGGCCAGAGCCCAGAGGUUGGUGAGGGUCUGCACGCGGGGCCACGCACCAGACACCUUCCAGCCAUUGCAGCACAGGCGGGAUGUGGCGGGGCUUUGUGUUAUGUUCAAAGGUCAGGCACUGCACACCCCUCACCUCGCUACUCUGCGCUUCCCUGGACCGCCGGCCCCUACUCAAGCUACGCGGUCGGCAGAAAACUCUGAGCACCCACACACGGUGGCUGUACCGUUCAGCAGGACUGAGCAUAAUAUACGCUCCUUCCUGCCACGGUACAGUCGCCUAUGGAACCAGAUGGUGCUCAGCACGGACCUGCACCGCUCCACCUCCCUGCACAUCUUCAAGUGCCGAGCGAACGAGUGGCUCGCCGACCAGCAGUAG